GCUAGUUCUUGUGUCAGUAUACUUGAUGAUCUUCUUGAUUUUUGAUUUUUGUUCAUAUGGACACCUCUUUAGGAGGGGUGACGAUUAUCAGAAGAUACUUGUAUGAGGAUGACUUGAUUGUAAACCUGCUUAGCCUCCAUGAGCUACGAGGUAAAGGGGUAGUCCUUGAAAUACUUGAUGCCCUAGAGUUUUGUUCCAAGUGAAAUGGUUCUUUGAUCUGGCUGCUUGGAUUUUUGUUUGCCUUUUUAAUUGGAAGACAUGAAUCUUCUAAGCAUCUUGAUCUCAGCCAUUGCUUUGUUCUGUUAAUUAAUUCUAGUACUUGAGGUGCUAGAUCUUGACAUCUUGACAUCCUGGUUAUAUCUGCUCUUGAAUUCGUGUUCUGAUUGUCAUUAUUGGAAUCUCUUGUGGGCCUAAUUUUUGAAAUUCUAUUGCUUGUUUCAUGGUUAACUCUUGUCUCUCAAUUUUGACUACUUGGUUAAAUUUGAUCUUGACUCUAGGUCAAUGCCAUUUUGUUGUUGAAUUCUUUGAGGCAUUCUACCUUGCACUCUUGUGUUCCAAUAUUCUUCCAAGCAUUCAUAUUUUCUAUUGAUUUUAUUUUGUUGCAAUUCUUGAGAUUUUUACAUGUCUUUUGAUGGGUCUAGCUUUUAACUCUUGUUAAUUGCUAAAAUCUGCCUCUUGAUUCCAGUUGCUUUGUUAAACAUGACCCUGCUUAUGGGUU